CUGAAAAAACAUCUGAGAUCCACGUGAUGCUAUUAUAAAGAUGGCGUUUAUUAAACAGGAGAGUGAAGACAUAAAGAUUGCAGAAGUGUUCAGCGUGAAACAUGAAGAAACUGAGGAACAAACAGACUUGAAGGCACUGAAAGAAGAGAGAAUGAAUGAAACAGAAGAAAAAUACCAGAUUAAGAAACAUCCAGGUUUCAUAACUGAAGAACCUUUCAGUUGCUCACAGACUGAAAAGACUUUAUCACGAAGAAGAGCUCAAAAGACUAAAGGUCUUUUCACAUGCCAACAGUGUGGAAAGACUUUCAUUCAAAACAGAAACCUUAAAGUCCACAUGAGAAUUCACACUGGAGAAAAGCCUUUUACUUGCCAACAGUGUGGAAAGAGUUUCACUCAAAAACCAAGUCUUAAUGCCCACAUGAGGGUUCACACUGGAGAGAAGCCUUUCAUCUGCAAACAAUGUGGAAAAAGGUUCAAUCUAAAAGGAAACCUUAAUGUCCACAUGAGAGUUCACACUGGAAAGAGCUCAUUCACCUGCCAACAGUGUGGAAAGAGUUUCACUCGAAAACUAAGUCUUAAAGCCCACAUGAGAGUUCACAGUGUAGAGAGUCCAUUCACCUGCCAACAGUGUGGAAAAAGUUUCACUCAAAAGGGAAGCCUUGAAGUCCACUUGAGAGUUCACACUGGAGAGAGUUCAUUCACCUGCCACCAGUGUGGAAAAUGUUUCCGUCAAAAAGGAAGCCUUAAAAGCCACAUGGAAAUUCACACUGAAGAGAAGUCAUUCGUAUGUGGUCAGUGUGGAAAGAGUUUCACAGACAAAGCAAACCUUGAGGUUCACUUGAGAGUUCACACUAGAGAGAAGCCCUUCACUUGCCCUCAGUGUGGGAGAGGUUUCAAUCAAAAAGCAAAGCUGGAAGUCCACAUCAGAGUUCACACUGGAGAAAACCCUUUCACCUGCCAUCAGUGUGGAAAGAGUUUCACUCAAAAAGGAAACCUUAAUACCCACAUGAGAAUUCACGCUGGAGAGAAAUCUUUCACCUGCAAUCUGUGUGGAAAGAGUUUCUCUCGAAAAGAAAACCUUCAGAUUCAUAUGAGAAUUCACACUGGAGAGAAGCCGUUUACAUGUGAUCAGUGUGGAAGAAGUUUCAGAAGUAAAGAAACUCUUAGAACCCACAUGAGGAUUCACUCAAGAGAGAACUGUUUUAUAUGCCAUCAGUGUGGAACUAGUUUCACGGACAGGAAACACCUUAAAAAUCAUGUACAAUUUCACAUUGGAGAGAGGCCUCACAUGUGCCUUCAUUGUGGAAAGACUUGCAAAACCAAAGCAAACCUUGUGAUUCACAUGAGAGUUCACACUGGAGAGAAGCCCUUCACAUGCCCUCAGUGUGGAAAGAGUGUCGCAACUAAAGGAAACCUUGAGGUUCAUCUUAGGCUUCACACUGGAGCAAAGCCUUACAAGUGUCUUGAGUGUGAUUUGAGUUUCACUUAUCAUAGAGACCUGAAAUGUCAUUUGCAAACUCAUUCUGGAAAGAAAUUACAAGGUUCUGUGUGUGGACUUUUUGUAUUUUUGACCUUUGAAGAUGGAUACACAGCAAAGAUUUUUAAUCUCUGUGAUUUUCUAAACAAAGAUGAUAAACCCAUCGCUUGCUUUAGAGAUCUGACACCAGGAGAAAAAGUACUUGCAAGAUGGUCUGACAGUAAGUUCUACAAUGCUACAGUAGACUUCAUUGGAACAGCUGACAAAACGGUGGAUACCAAGAAGGCGACAAAGAAGGACAUGAAAAAAAGCGAUGCAGCUGCACAAAGAUUCUACAACCUUCCAUUCCUACCUCAAGCAGGCCAGUCCACCUCUGCACAGGAUCACCCAAAUACUGUGGACCAAAAUGUCAUUCAGCCUCCAACAACCUGGCCAGUGUACCAGCCUCCACCUACAGAGUCAUUUCUACCUGUCCAGCCACAGCAUCAGCAUGCAACUGCCUGGCCACAGUACCAACUUCCAGUUUCCCAGUCAUCACCAAAUACGCCACAACAUUACCAGCAUUCACCAGUCCAGUCGCUCAACCAGUAUGGAACUACUCUGUCUCCAAUUCCACACAAUUCCAGCCUUUCGCAGUAUUCAAAGCAUCACCAGCCUCACACAGCACUACCCACACCUUCAGACCAAACACAACAGCAGCCUGUUUUGGCAGAUUUGGAUCAGCGAAGACAGCCACCAGCUCCUACAGCCAAAGAAAGCUUCCUCAAAAUGUUCCACAGUCCUAAUACACAUCAAAAACCUGCUGUUCUUGGGGACCAGAGCCAGACAAGCACCUCUGUACAUGAGACUUCUUCAAGCUCAUCUGCAGAUACUUUAAUCAUCGAGCGUGAUCCAAUUCCAGAAUAUGGAGAACCAUGUUUCAUUUCGCCUGAGUCAGCAGAAGACAGAUCAUGGAAGCCAUGCGAAGCAUGCAAGACAGAGGUGGAAAAAUUAGUGGAGGAAAAGGCCAAACUGCAUGAGUCAUCUCUCUGUUGCAAUUGA